AUGCUUCAUUUGCUCGGCAGCGGGCAAGAAGGAGUCCAGGCACCAGGCCGGCAGCAAAAGCUGCCCGGCCGCGUUCAGCGGGGUCGGUCAACGCAGAAAGACAUGCGGUUGAUCCAGCUCAACCUGAACCACUGCAGGGCCGCACAGGACCUCCUGAAACAGACGGUGCGUGAGCGGGGAUCGGAGGUGGCAAUCCUCAGCGAGCCCUAUAGGGUUCCCAGCUGCAGCGACUGGGCCACAGAUCGCUCGGGCAGAGCUACGUUGUGGACAUGCGGAGUGGAGACGCCCCAGAGCUGCGACAUAAAGUCGGCCGAUGGGUUCGUCCGAGGCAAAGUAGGCGGUAAGUGGGUCUAUAGCUGCUACCUGGCGCCUAGCCUCCCGCUGGAGACCUUCAGCCGAAUCAUCGACGAGCUGAUCGGAGACCUGCGAGGACGAAGCGACGUCGUAGUCGGGGGCGACUUCAAUGCCUGGGCCCAGGAGUGGGGGUCCUCCCUUACCAACGCUAGAGGACGCACGGUGCUGGAGGCCUACCUUGGACAUGUCAUUGACCUCACAUACGCCAGCAGCGCGUUGGCCAGAAACUCUAGUUGGAGAAUCAGCGACGCCUACACCGCUAGCGACCACGAGGCCAUCGAGUGCGUGUUUGUCGGACCGGAUCGGGUAAGAGCAGCUCCUACUCAGCAAAGGAAGGCGUAUCGGAAGGUCACGUUGAGGACACAGGCCUUUGCAAGCGCCCUCCGGACCUACACGGCAUCAGAGUCUGACGGAGCCAACGAGUGGGCGACCCAGCUGGGGGAGGCAGUGGAAGCGGCCUGCGACCUGAGCAUGCUCCAGCGAAGUGCGUUUGGGAAGCACCAUGCCCCAGUCUUCUGGUGGAACGAGUCUUCUGCCACACCGCGAGAAGACAGCUCCAACGAGCCAGGGGAACUCCGCGACUAG